GGCCGCCUAAGGGUGAGGCGAGAAAGAGGCAGCGGCUGCCACCGGGGACCCCGCGCUGGGGAGAAGAGGAUGCCCGAGUGACUGGCUCGGUGUCGGGGCAGCCGCGCUGGAUUGAUUGCGCUGGGCGGGAGGGAGGGAGGGGAGGAAGGAAGGAAGGAAGGAAAGAAAGAGACCAAGCGAGCGAGGGACGAGCGGGCGGCGGCACCGGCACCACCACCACCACCACCACCAUGGGGGCCUGGCCAAGGACGUGGUGGCGGCGGCAGCGGCUGCUGAGCUCGCCUCGGCCGACGGCGACUGGCUUCUGGCGGUUGUGCUGGCUGCUGCUGCUGGGCGCCUGCCGGGGACUGCUCGCCUCAGCCUGCCCGCACACCUCGUGCGACUGCAGCCCCGAGCGGAUCUGGUGCACCGAACCGGCGUCGACCCUCGUGUCCUUCCCCGUGCUCGGCAAGCGGAGUGAGCGGGAGCAAGUCACCCACAUUUAUAUUGCAAACCAACGAAGGUUAGAAAGCAUAAAUGAAAUAGAUGUUGGACUGUACAUUGGAUUAAGAAAUUUAACUGUAGUGGAUUCAGGUUUGAAGUUUGUCUCGCGCCUAGCUUUCCUGAAAAAUAUCAACCUGCAGUACAUUAACUUCUCCAGAAAUAAGCUUUCAAGUUUGUCGAGAAAGACUUUCCGUCACCUGAAUUUGACUGACCUGAUUUUAGAAGGCAAUCCAUUCAAGUGUUCCUGUGACAUUAUGUGGAUCAAGGUAUUCCAAGAGACCAAGAAUCCAAAACCAGAAACUCAGGAUAUUUACUGUGUCAAUGACUACAACCAGAGGAUAUCUCUGAUGGAGACGCCAGUCCCAAACUGUGGCUUGCCUUCAGUCAAGCUGAAUACACAUAACCUCACUGUUGUUGAAGGAAGAAGUGUCACAUUAUACUGCGAUGCUACAGGAACUCCACCACCAAAUAUAGCUUGGGUUUUCAGUAAUAUUGUAUCAAAACAUGAGAGUGAUACAAAUAAGAGCCCAGCUUCUCUAACCAUAAGGAAUGUUUCAUCAAAUGACCAUGGAGUGCAGAUUUCUUGUAUAGCAGAAAACAGCGUGGGCGAAGACCAAGCUUCUGUUGACCUCACAGUGUUCUUUCCACCGAAUAUCACAUUCCUGGAAAUGCCAUAUCCGGACCACCACUGGUGUAUUCCAUUCAGCGUGAGAGGGAAUCCUCAGCCUAUCCUGACUUGGCUGCAUGAUGGGGUCAAGCUGAAUGAGUCGGCUUAUAUCUGUACAAAAAUACAUGCUAGCAAUCAGACUGAAUACCAUGGCUGCCUUCAGCUGGACAACCCUACCCAUGUGAACAAUGGCAAUUAUACCUUGGUGGCACAGAAUCAAUAUGGAAGAGAUGAAGCCAACGUUUCUGCUUAUUUUAUGCAAGACCCUGGAGGUAGUAGUCCGUUCUAUGAUCAUGCCGGUUAUAGUGAUUAUGGAACGCCUACGAUUGAUUUUGAAGAUACUACAAACAAUACUAAUACAGUUACUACUACGGGUGUUUCAGAUAACAAUGAAGAUAGCAUCACUGUAUAUGUUGUAGUGGGGAUUGCAGCAUUAGUGUGCACUGGCUUAGUUAUUAUGCUCAUUAUUCUCAAGUUUGGAAGACACUCCAAAUUUGGAAUGAAAGGUCCUUCUUCAGUUAUCAGUAAUGACGACGAUUCAGCAAGUCCUCUCCAUCACAUCUCCAAUGGAAGCAACACUCCAUCUUCUUCUGAGGGCGGCCCAGAUGCGGUAAUCAUUGGCAUGACAAAGAUUCCUGUCAUUGAAAAUCCUCAGUAUUUUGGGAUCACGAACAGUCAACUCAAGCCUGACACGUUUGUCCAGCAUAUCAAGCGCCACAACAUCGUUCUCAAAAGGGAGCUGGGAGAAGGAGCCUUUGGGAAAGUCUUCUUGGCUGAAUGUUAUAAUCUGUGUCCGGAGCAGGACAAGAUCUUGGUGGCAGUGAAGACACUAAAAGAUGCUAGUGAUAAUGCCCGCAAAGACUUCCACCGAGAGGCUGAACUACUAACAAACUUGCAGCAUGAGCACAUUGUGAAGUUUUAUGGCGUAUGUGUGGAAGGGGAUCCUCUCAUCAUGGUCUUUGAAUACAUGAAGCAUGGGGAUCUCAACAAAUUCCUCAGGGCGCAUGGACCUGAUGCAGUUCUCAUGGCAGAAGGCAAUCUUCUAGCUGAGCUAACCCAGUCACAGAUGCUGCAUAUUGCUCAGCAGAUUGCAGCCGGCAUGGUUUACUUGGCAUCGCAGCACUUUGUGCAUCGUGACCUUGCCACUCGGAAUUGCCUAGUUGGGGAAAACCUGCUGGUGAAGAUUGGCGAUUUUGGGAUGUCAAGAGAUGUGUAUAGCACAGACUACUACAGGGUUGGUGGGCAUACUAUGUUACCCAUUCGUUGGAUGCCUCCUGAAAGUAUCAUGUACAGAAAAUUCACCACGGAAAGUGAUGUCUGGAGCCUUGGAGUCGUUCUAUGGGAAAUCUUCACCUAUGGCAAACAGCCAUGGUACCAGCUCUCAAACAAUGAGGUCAUUGAGUGCAUUACGCAGGGCCGUGUCCUGCAGCGACCUCGUACCUGCCCAAAGGAAGUGUAUGACCUGAUGCUGGGGUGCUGGCAACGGGAGCCUCAUAUGAGGCUUAACAUCAAAGAAAUCCACUCCCUUCUUCAGAACUUGGCCAAGGCCUCUCCCGUCUACCUGGAUAUUCUAGGAUAGAAACUCCCAGCACUUCCUCUUGCGGAGUGCAUGAAUGAAUGCGUUCAAUUGCCACUAAACUCCAUUAAAAUGUGUUCUUAACUCUGACAGUAUUAAAUACAAAGAUGCGAAGAAGCUUUCAAAGGGCAAGCUAUGUGCAUUUCUCCCUCUGUAGACAAAGUAUUGACUUUGUGACAUUACUGACAUGCAUCUCUUCUCUUCUCCAUUCUUUCUGUUUCUCUAUUCCCCCCACCCUUGAUUUAUAUUCAAUCAGGCUUCUGCAUUAUUAUAACUCUGCAUAGACAAAGGCCUUAACAACCUGACUUGUUCUAUCAACGGACACUCAGUUUUGCCCAUCACAACUAACAAUGCCUUGUUGUAUUCAUGCCUUUGAUCUGGAUAAAAAAAGGGAAAAAUGACUCAAACUUUGUGAGUUCUGCUGUACGGAUAUCUGGAGCUUCUAUGGAUUCACCUCUGCUUCAUUUGCUUUGGCAUCUGCGUGGAAAACGGAAGACCAGCAUCCUCUAAGGAAUUCUUUUUUCUAGCUGAGAUCAAGCCAGAGGGAAAAAAUCAGCAUAUUGUGUAAUCCACUCUAUAUAGAGAAACGAUAGGAUCAGUUGUACUACUUUAAAACAUAAUGUAAAUUAUAUGAAAGGGGAAGAAUUAAAUGCUUUCCCCUGGGAAAUGUUCAGGGAAGAGUAAAGGUACUUCCAAGUGUGUUACCAUUUUUACAUUGAUAGAUGCAUUAAUGUGGUCUGUGUUGAAAAGUAAAAGGUGUUGCCUACAUUUCCCAGAAUUGCAUAAACCCGAACCUUGUCCUACAAUAGCGAUUUCUGAUGCCCCUCAAACAAGUAUUCUCCAGCUAGUCUCUGAUCAUGCAGGCAAGAGAGCUGUGGCAUAUUUAAAUGCAGUAUAAUUUUCAGGGGCAUUUCCUAAAAUAUGAGGGCUUUGAUAGGAUAGGGCAAGAGCUAGAUAUGGAGGGAUGCUUAUCUUAUAUAGGGCUGUUUUGACAGCACACUCCUA